CAGGGAGCUGCAUGUCCUAACCUCGGUGAUGGACCGCCACGUAAGCCGUAUGGGCCCAUAUGUCUCAAAUGCCCGUAAGCGUGCAGCCUACGCGGAGGUCCGCAGAAAGCUGUGGGAGCGGCUACGUACCAGACGGACCAUCGUCCAGCUGGAGAGGCGGUGGUCCGACCUGCGCCGCAGACAGCCGCAUUUGCUGGCGAAGAUACGCCUGCAAAUUCAAAACCGAAGAGACGAAAGAAGAAGAGCCCAACAACACCAACCUCCCUCUCCACCUCCCUCUCCCCUUCAACCACCCGACCCCAUUCAACCACCCGACCCCAUUCAACCACCUGCCGGUGUGGAAGAAGAGGAGGAUGAGUAUGGGGCUAUGGAGGAGGAUGGCGAGGUUGGAGAUUGCAACGUGGGCAUCCGUUUGGUCCUUGCCAGGAUGGAAAUGCACAUGCGUGCCCUCCUUGAGGACAUUGUUGUCAUAAAAAAUAUUUUUUAUUAAUUUUUAUUUUAUAAACAAAUUCCUUUAUAUAAUUGCAUGUUAUGGGUAAAAAAAUGUAAAUCAAAAAUGUUGAUUUCUAUUUUGAUGGAAAUACAGUAUCAUAUACUGUAUGUACAGUUGUCGUAUCACUUUGAAAGGGAAAUAAUGGAGAGUGAAAAAGUACUAUCAAAAAAACUCCCAACUGCCAUUUUAAAAACACAGCAGUUAGGAGCAGAUUUUUUUAAUACUUUAUCACUCUCAUUUAAAACAAUUUCAAGAAGAUGACGCAUAUAUGCA